CCAGGGCCCCGGGGUGGCGUCCAGGCUCCGGCCGGGUUCUUGCUGCAGCCUCCGCUCCCGACCUGACCCCGCCCUGACUUCGCCGCCGCCAUGGGGAAGAAGCACAAGAAGCACAAGACCGAGUGGCGCUCGUCGUACGAGGAUUACACAGACAAGCCGUUGGAGAAGCCUCUGAAGCUGGUUCUCAAGGUUGGAGGAAGUGAAGUGACUGAACUCUCGGGCUCUGGCCAUGACUCCAGUUACUAUGACGAUAGGUCGGACCAUGAGCGAGAGAGACACAAAGAAAAGAAAAAGAAAAAGAAAAAAAAGUCAGAGAAGGAGAAACAUCUUGAUGAUGAAGAAAGGAGGAAGCGAAAGGAAGAGAAGAAGCGGAAGCGGGAAAAGGAGCACUGUGACACGGAGGGAGAAGCUGAUGACUUUGACCCUGGGAAGAAGGUAGAGGUGGAGCCGCCCCCCGAUCGGCCCGUCAGAGCGUGCCGGACACAGCCAGCUGAAAACGAGAGCACGCCUAUUCAGCAACUACUAGAGCAUUUCCUCCGCCAGCUCCAGAGAAAAGAUCCUCAUGGAUUUUUUGCUUUUCCUGUCACGGAUGCAAUUGCUCCUGGAUACUCGAUGAUAAUAAAACAUCCAAUGGAUUUUGGCACAAUGAAAGACAAAAUUGUAGCUAAUGAGUACAAGUCAGUUACGGAAUUUAAGGCAGAUUUCAAACUGAUGUGUGAUAAUGCAAUGACAUACAACAGACCAGACACUGUGUACUACAAGUUAGCGAAGAAGAUCCUUCACGCAGGCUUUAAGAUGAUGAGCAAACAGGCAGCUCUUUUGGGCAACGAAGAUACAGCUGUUGAGGAACCUGUUCCUGAAGUUGUACCUGUACAAGUAGAAACUGCCAAGAAAUCCAAAAGGCCGAGUAGAGAAGUCAUCAGCUGCAUGUUUGAGCCAGAAGGAAAUGCUUGCAGCCUGACCGACAGCACGGCAGAAGAGCACGUGCUGGCCUUGGUGGAGCAUGCGGCCGACGAGGCUCGGGACAGGAUCAACCGACUCCUCCCAGGCGGCAAGAUGGGCUACCUGAAGAAGAACGGAGACGGGAGCCUGCUCUACAGUGUGGUCAACGUGGCCGAGCUGGAUGCCGACGAGGAGGAGACCCACCCGGUGGACCUGAGCUCGCUCUCCAGCAAGCUGCUCCCCGGCUUCACCACGCUGGGCUUCAAAGACGAGAGGAGGAGCAGAGUCACAUUUCUCUCAAGUGCCAGCACUGCACUUUCAAUGCACAAUAAUUCAGUAUUUGGUGAGUUGAAAUCGGAUGAAACGGAGCUGCUCUAUUCUGCCUACGGAGAUGAGACAGGUGUGCAGUGUGCACUGAGCCUGCAGGAGUUUGUGAAGGAUGCUGGGAGCUACAGCAAGAAGAUGGUGGACGGCCUCCUGGACCAGAUCACAGGCGGGGACCACUCGCGGAUGCUCCUCCAGCUGAGGCAGAGGAGAAAGGUUCCAAUGAAGCCUCCAGAUGAGGUAAAGGCUGGGGACUCGCUGGGAGACGGUGGCUCUGUUCUGGAUUUCAUGUCGUUGAAGCCGUACUCGGACGUCUCUCUGGACAUCUCCAUGCUCGGCUCUCUGGGGAAGGUGAAGAAGGAGCUGGACCAUGACGACAGCCACCUGAACUUGGACGAGACGACGAAGCUCUUACAGGACCUGCACGAGGCGCAGGCGGAGCGCGGGGGCUCCCGGCCGUCCUCCAACCUCAGCUCCCUGUCCAACGCCUCCGACAGGGAGCAGCACCACCUGGGAAGCCCUUCUCACCUCAGUGUCGGAGAGCAGGCGGAGGUGACCCAUGACCCGUAUGAAUUUCUUCAGUCUCCAGAACCUGCAGCCUCUACAAAAAGCUAGCCUUUGUAGAUAGUCUUAGAUUGUUUUUUAUUUUUCAAGUUUUUAUUUGUAUGUACAGAGUUUUUGUCGUGAGACAAAGACUUUCAUUUUGUCCCCUUUGGCAUGCUGGGAGCAGCCCGGGGAGGUGGGGUAUUGUCUCUGGUAUCAUGUCAGCCGCACAGGGAUCAGUGUUCCUGUAGAUAGCCCCCUGAAUCCUGAAUGGUGGAAAUCACACAUAAAGGAUGUGACCAGAUCCUGUCAAGCUGGUGUGGUGUGUCUCUGAG